AUUAGGUGCUCUAUGGUAUGCAGAACCUCUUUUUAGAGAGUAAAAAAGAAAAAGAAAUUUUACAAGAGAAGAUGUCAUUAUUGAAAGGUCAACUGUUUGAUAAAGAAAAAGAAACUGAAGCAUUAGCAGAAGACAUUAAAUUAUUGAAAUCAAAGUUACACCAAUCAGGUCACACUUCAACUGAUACCUGGCAUGAAGAAUCACAGCAUGAAGAAGCAACUGCUCCAAUACCUUGUACUGAGAUUAGUUCAGACUUAAAUACUAAAGUGGUAAUUUCCCGUACUGGUAUAAAGAGUGCAGCAUAUGUUGGACUGAUUUUUUAUGAGGAGAAGAGAGCUAAAAAUUUAGUCUAUUUUACUGCUGCUAAAGAUCUUACUGCACUACUUGAAUUUAUUCACAAGAAGCACUCUCAAGCUGAAGUUGGGCCUGCUAUUCCAUUUCAGUUCAAAGAUGAUGUUGGAUAUAUUGAAUUGAAGUUUGAUGCUCCACAAAAGAAGCCUUACACUGGAUGGAGUAUUGAGCCUCAUGUUGAGCCUUGUAGAUUGUAUCGUCAUGAUGUUGAUAAGUUUGGUGAUACUUGGUAUUCUAUUCCUCCAUAUUGUCUGGUAUCAGUCUAUGGAUCACCUGGUGCUGUACCAUCACUACAUUACUCUGUACCACUGGAUGGAGUGGCUGAUCCUGUUACAUUAUACAUUGAUAGAUCACUGAUGAGAACUGCUCCUUCUCCUCCUUCAACAAUACAAGGUACUAGCUCAAGCUCCUCUACUGCUAUCAGUCAAACUAGGAGAGAGACUGAAGAAGGUACAUUUAUAUAUAGAUCUGAUAUUGCCUAUAAAGUAAUGAUAGAAUGUGCUUCAUUAAUAAAGGAUUGUGGGAUUGAUACUCACUUCUUGGUUGACAAGUUGUUGGAACAUAAGAUUAUCAAUGCAAGAGAGAAGAGAAGCCUAACUGAUGGCUACACUACACAAACUGCUGGCAAAAGGUGGGAUGAUUUGCUCCUCAUCAUUUCAAGGUCCAUUAGAGUAGAUGGAGAAGUAUUUGGUAUAUUCUUAGACAUACUGAGAGAGGAAGGUACUAGAAGAACUAUUGCACUAGCUGAUAAAUUGCUACAAAAGUAUAAUGCUCCUGACCAACUUCAAUUUGAUGUUGGUACAUUUAGGUCUGAUAUUGCCUAUAGAGUAAUGACAGAAUGUACUACAAUGAUAAAGGAUUAUGGGAUUGAUAUUCACAUCUUAGCUGAAAAUUUGUUGGAACACAAUAUUAUCAAUGCAAGAGAGAAGAGAGAAAUAACUGAUGGCUACACUACACAAACUGCUGAUGAAAGAAUGGAUGAAUUACUCCACAUCAUUUCAAGCUCCAUUAGCAUGGAAGGAGAAGUAUUUGGUAUAUUCUUAGAUAUACUCAGAGAGGAAGGUACUAGAAGAACUAUUAAACUAGCAGAUAGACUAAUGGAUAAAUAUAAUAAUUUUUAGAAUAAUGAUGUGCUUGAGAUAAGAAUG